AUGGAGAACCCUUCGAGUACCAAUCCGAAACCACCUUCUCAUUCUGAGGAGGUCAAGGUGUCUUUCCCUCGCGACCAUGUGAUGCUCUUGAUGUUUAACCGGCCGCGAGCCCUGAAUGCUAUGACGCCAACUAUGAGACAGGAUGUGUGUACUUUGCUGGAUUGGUUCGACAAAGAACCUAGCUUGUGGGUGGUUGUGAUCACUGGCCAGGGCCGAGUGUUCUGUGCGGGUGCGGACUUGAUCGCAUGGAACAAGAGUCAACGAAGCGAGGAUGGAAAGGAUGAAGGUGAAAGGACCAUCGCCGACGUCAACGGUUUUGGCUCCAUAUCUCGACGCUCCAGCUCUUCCAAGCCCAUGAUCGCAGCCGUCAACGGCGGGGCCUACGGUGGAGGCGUAGAGAUCGUAGUUAACUGUGAUCUUGUUGUUGCGAGCGAAGAGGCGACGUUUGCUCUACCCGAAGUCAAGCGAGGCGUCGUGGCUAUCCAAGGCGGUAUGCCGCGGCUGGCGAGGAUUGCUGGUCACCAGCUCGCAAGUGAGAUGCUGUUGCUCGGAAGGAAUAUUCCCGCUGCAGAGGCCGCGGCUCGGUUCGGAUUCGUGAAUAAAGUUGUCCCGAAGACCGAAGUGUUGUCGACUGCGCUGGCGUGGGCGGUUGAGAUCACCACCAACUCACCAGACUCUGUACAGAGCACAAAGCGUGCGCUCCUUCUGACCAACAAGCAUGCGGACGUCGAGGACAUAGUCAAGGCCCAUGCCCGCUCGAAGGAAAGCGUCAGACACUUCACCAGUGAGAAUAUCAAGGAAGGACUUCGAGCUUUCUCGGAGAAACGAAAACCUGUGUGGUCUAACCCCGCUAAGUUGUGA